AUGUACAAGCUGGUUCGUGCUAGCAGAGCAUUUGACGUUUGGUCCUUUGGUGUUCUGUUGUACGCAUUGUGUAGCAGAGAGUCGUUGUUCAAGGUGAACAGCGAUGAUGAUAUCACACAAAUGUUGACUCGAUGUGGAAGUUACACAAUCAUUUGCCCAAUAUCACUGCAACCAGUUUUGGAUUUGAGUGGUGAAGCAAUGACCUGCCAUAUCGCUCUACCCAAGGGAUGGGUGGUGCGCUAUGGACUUGCGAUUCUCAUUGGCUUGAUGAUAGUUCAAGCAGGAUUGGCUGUUGGACAUGGAUGUGGCCUGUCAGUUACUGGAGCAGACGAAGAUGUACUGAACACUUUCAAUUUCUUUUCUGAUACUCAAGGCCUGAUUAUAGAGGGCAUGAGAGGUGAUCAAGUGGAAUCAGGGCCUACGGAAAUGCUGUUGGAAUAUUUCAACUACCGUUUAGACUCUACCGUGUCAACUACAUCGGGGAUCGACGAUAGGCAAAAAUUCAGCACCUCAAGGAUGAACUCCAAAAGGCAUACCAGGGUAUAUCAUUGCAAGUUAAGGAGAAAAAUGGUGAGCUCAAGAAAUGUGGCACAUGGCACCAGUUUUUGA